AUUUCGGAAAAUGAAAAGCAAGAUAUCAUUAAAGCCAUGAACGAUGAAACUAGGACUGGUAUUCACAAUAUUGUCGGCGGAAGAUGGUUCGUCUGCAAAAAUCAGCAUCCUUAUUUUAUAGGUGAUUGUGGUGGUGCUACUGAAGUGUCUACUUGUCCACAGUGCGGAGAGACUAUUGGUGGACUUAAUCAUAAAGUAGUUGAUUCCAAUCGGUUUUAUGGUGAAUUUGAU